AUGGUGCUCUUGGAGGCCACUGGGGCCCUGGAUGGCUCCGGAGUGGAGCUGCUGACUGCGCGGCCGGCAGGCAGUGGUGACAUCCUGGGGUGGUUCUCUGGGUUCAGGACUCCGCCAUCUGGGGACAUUAAACAGGUCUGGUUCUUGCAGAAAGUGAGGUGGGAAGUGCAGGGUGGCCUCACUUGGUCCUGUGUGUCUCAUGGCUGUGCAGGUCCCGUGGCUGUCAUCAGUGGCGAGGAGGACUCGGCCAGCCCCCUGCACCACAUCAACCAUGGCCUCACCACCCCCUCGGCGCUGGACGCAGGGCCCGACACCGUGGUCAUCGGCAUGGCCCGCAUCCCCGUCAUUGAGAACCCUCAGUACUUCCGCCAGGGCCACAGCUGCCACAAGCCAGACACGUACGUCCAGCACAUCAAGAGGAGGGACAUCGUGCUGAAGCGGGAGCUGGGAGAGGGGGCCUUUGGCAAGGUCUUCCUGGCCGAGUGCUACAACCUCAGCCCCACCAAGGACAAGAUGCUCGUGGCCGUGAAGGCCCUGAAGGACCCCACCCUGGCGGCGCGGAAGGACUUCCAGCGGGAGGCGGAACUGCUCACCAACCUGCAGCACGAGCACAUCGUCAAGUUCUACGGGGUCUGCGGAGACGGCGACCCCCUCAUCAUGGUCUUCGAGUACAUGAAGCAUGGCGACCUGAACAAGUUCCUCAGGGCCCAUGGGCCGGACGCGAUGAUCCUGGUGGACGGGCAGCCGCGCCAGGCCAAGGGUGAGCUGGGGCUCUCGCAGAUGCUGCACAUCGCCAGUCAGAUCGCCUCGGGCAUGGUGUACCUGGCCUCCCAGCACUUCGUGCACCGGGACCUGGCCACCAGGAACUGCCUGGUCGGCGCCAACCUGCUGGUGAAGAUCGGCGACUUCGGCAUGUCCCGGGACGUGUACAGCACGGAUUACUACAGGCUCUUUAAUCCAUCGGGAAAUGAUUUUUGUAUAUGGUGUGAGGUGGGGGGACACACCAUGCUCCCCAUCCGCUGGAUGCCCCCCGAGAGCAUCAUGUACCGCAAGUUCACGACCGAGAGUGACGUGUGGAGCUUCGGGGUCAUCCUCUGGGAGAUCUUCACCUACGGGAAGCAGCCAUGGUUCCAGCUCUCCAACACGGAGGUCAUUGAGUGCAUCACGCAAGGCCGCGUCCUGGAGCGGCCGCGCGUCUGCCCCAAGGAGGUGUACGACGUGAUGCUGGGGUGCUGGCAGCGGGAGCCUCAGCAGCGGCUGAACGUCAAAGAGAUCUACAAGAUCCUGCACGCGCUGGGCAAGGCCACGCCCAUCUACCUGGACAUCCUGGGCUAGCGCAGG